CCCUUCCCCUUCUUAACCCCAAUCUCCAUUAUCUUCUUCUUCUUCCUUCGAUCAUUUUAAUUAAUCAGACCCCCCUCGCUCUCUCUCUCUCCCAAAUGGAGCAAACAUGAACCUCAAACCACCAUCUUCUUCACCACUAACCUUUAACUCCAACAACCCAUUUCCUGCAACCCACUCUUCUCUCACCCUCCAUUGGGUUUCUUCCCCACACUAUCCCUCCUCCAUCUCCAGCCCCACGCGCCCAUUUCGCCUACUCGCCACCGCCAACCCCCCCACCAACCCAACUUCAGACCUCUCUCUCGCCGCCACCGCCGCACUACCUAAUGAAGACCAAAAGCUUCUGACGCUCCUCCGCCAGAGAAAAACAGAGGAGGCUUGGAUUGCCUACACCCAAUCCACCCAUUUGCCCAAUCCCACUUGCCUCAGCCGCUUGCUCUCUCAACUCUCCUACCAGAACUCCCAUUCCGGCCUCACUCGCGCCCAGUCCAUCAUCACGCGCCUCCGCAAUGAGCGCCAACUCCGCCACCUCGACGCCAACUCCCUUGGCCUCCUCGCCGUCGCUGCCGCCAAGGCUGGCCAGACCCGCUAUGCUGCAUCCAUUGUCAAGUCCAUGCUCCGCUCCGGCUUCCUCCCUCACGUCAAGGCCUGGAGUGCCGUCGUGAGCCGGCUCGCCGCCACUGGGGAUGACGGGCCUGCCGACGCUCUCAAGCUCUUCCAUUCAGUUACCCGACGUGUCCGGCGGUUCUCGGAGCCGGAGUUGGUCGCUGACUCGCGGCCGGACACGGCAGCCUUCAAUGCUGCGCUGAAUGCCUGUGCCAAUUUGGGGGAUACUAAGAGAUUCUUGAAGCUGUUCGAUGAAAUGCCUGAGUAUGGUGCUGAGCCUGAUGUGCUCACUUACAAUGUUAUGAUCAAACUGUGCGCCAGAGUUGGAAGGAAGGAUUUGCUUGUUUUUGUGUUGGAGAGGAUUCUUGACAAGGGCAUUACCUUGUGUUUGACAACGUUGAAUUCGCUGGUGGCAGCUUAUGUUGGUUUCGGUGAUUUGGAAACCGCAGAGCAAAUGGUUCAAGCAAUGAGGGAAGGGAGGAGAGACCUGUGCAAGAUUUUAAGGGAUUUGAAUUCGAAUAAUUCAAAGUCGAGUCUAAGUGAUGGGGAUGUGUUUGAGAAGUUGCUUCCUAAUUCGGUUAGAGCAAAUGAUUGUGAGCCGCCAUUGUUGCCUAAAGCAUACACUUGUAACUCUAGGAUUUACACUACUUUAAUGAAGGGUUAUAUGAACGUUGGCCGUGUUACUGACACCGUUCGGAUGCUAGAGGCACUGAGGCACCAGGAUGAUAGCUCAAGCCAUCCUGACCAUGUAACCUAUACGACUGUUAUUUCUGCAUUUGUGAAGGCCGGCUCAAUGGACCGUGCUCGGCGAGUGCUUGCAGAGAUGACAAGAGUUGGUGUGCCUGCAAAUCGGAUCACGUAUAAUAUUCUUCUCAAAGGUUAUUGCCAGCAGCUGCAGAUAGACCAGGCCAAGGAGCUCCUUAGGGAGAUGGCUGAUGAUGCUGGGAUUGAGCCUGAUGUGGUUUCGUAUAAUAUAUUGAUUGAUGGAUGCAUACUGGUUGACGACAGUGCUGGGGCUCUUGGCUUUUUUAAUGAGAUGCGAACAAGAGGACUUGCUCCCACCAAGAUCAGUUACACCACUUUGAUGAAAGCUUUUGCCUUGUCGGGUCAGCCGAAGCUGGCUAACAAGGUGUUUGAUGAGAUGCUUAACGAUCCUCGGGUAAAGGCUGAUUUGGUUGCUUGGAAUAUGUUGGUUGAAGCGUAUUGCAGAAUGGGGUUAGUCGAAGAAGCCAAGAAAAUCAUUCAGAGAAUCAAAGACAAUGGGUUUCACCCUGACGUGGCCACUUAUGGCAGCCUUGCCAACGGAAUUGCAUUGGCUAGAAAACCAGGGGAGGCACUCUUGCUUUGGAAUGAAGUGAAGGAGAGAUGUAGGGUGAAAAAGGAAGGGGAAACUUCCGAUCCUUCCGAUCCGCCAACGCUGAAACCCGAUGAAGGGCUAUUAGAUACUUUGGCUGAUAUAUGUGUCAGGGCUGCUUUCUUUAAGAAAGCUUUGGAGAUUGUGGCUUGUAUGGAAGAGAAUGGGAUCCCUCCAAAUAAGACAAAGUUCACUAAAAUUUAUGUGGAGAUGCAUUCUAGGAUGUUUACUAGUAAGCAUGCCUCACAAGCCAGGCAGGACAGGAGGAUUGAGAGGAAGAGAGCAGCUGAGGCUUUCAAAUUUUGGCUGGGUUUGCCCAAUUCUUACUAUGGGAGUGAAUGGAGGUUAGAGCCUAUAGAUGGAGAUGAGUGAUGUAUGAUUAUGCUUCUGGUUCAGCUGAACCACUUGGCAUGUCAAUGUAUACUUUGUUACUCAAAAAGGUAGAAAAGAAACAGUUCUAGGGUAUUUACAAAAUCUGAGAAAGUGAGAAAAUAUUCCAAUGUAAAAUAAUUAUGUUAUCAUAUAGGUGAUUGAAAAUGA